AAAAGAAAACCUGAUCCACCAACUAGCAGAGUCCCCUCCCUGUUGAUCUUUCUUCUCACGCCUGCAGCGCAAAACCACGCAGCAAACCACAACCACUGCUGCCUUUACAGCCGAGUGAAAGCUUAUGGUCAAAAUGAUCUUCAGCUCAACUUAAGGUGGAUUUUGUUGCCGUCUUUAACUUGGUGGCAAACUUAAAUACACGCCUUGGAUUUGUUUUUUUGGCAACAUGCAGACGCAGCUCGUUGCUGUGUGUUUGGCAAUCGUUGGCUUUCUUGGCACCAUCCUUAUCUGUGGACUGCCCAUGUGGAAGGUGACAGCCUUUGUUGGAGCGAACAUCAUCACCUCUCAGGUCUUCUGGGAAGGUUUGUGGAUAAAUUGUGUGAUCCAGAGCACUGGUCAAUCGCAGUGUAAAGCCUACGACUCCAUUUUGGCUUUACCACAGGAUCUGCAGGUUUCCAGGGCUCUGAUCUGUGUCUCCAUCGCUGUCAGCGUGGUGGCCAUCGGGCUCACUGUGGUCGGGGCCCGCUGCACCAACUUCUUUCGUGGCGACUGGCUCACCAAAGCUAAUAUUGGCUUGGCUGGAGGUCUGGUGUUUAUAUUAGCAGGGCUUCUUUGUGUUAUUCCUGUCAGCUGGUCAGCUUACAGCAUCAUCACUGGUUUCUACAACCCCCUGCCCACCUCAGAGAGGAGGGGAGAGCUCGGGGCUUCCAUAUAUGUGGGCUGGGCGUCUGGAGCUCUGCUCAUCAUCAGCGGAGGGGUGUUGUGUAUUCCUGUCUCCCCAAAAAUGAAAGACUAUGAUGUGAAGUAUGCAAAGGCUGGCUCUUAG